GGAAAACAGGAAAAGAACUUUCACCCACAGAUGUGAGUACAUGCCUGGACAUGCUUUUUUUUCUCACAAUAUAAAAGGCUCUGGUCAGGACGCUUGUGUUACCACUGAGAGAAGAGAAAAAACAGAAGAAGAGAAGAGAGAAACUUGGCAGACAUGGCGUACUUCUUCUUCUUGUCCGCAGAGACGUGGACCCUGCUGGCUGCCCUCAUCACGCUGCUGUUUGUGUAUUCCUGCUGGACAUAUGGGACAUUUAAGAGACUGGGAGUCCCUGGGCCGUCACCUAUCCCAUUUUUUGGCACCAUGUUGAAAUAUAGAAAGGGAUUUUUUCACUUUGAUGAAGAAAGUUAUAAGAAAUAUGGGAAAAUGUGGGGGUGCCUGUGUAUGUUUGACAUCAUGAAGCAGCAUUCAGCUGUCCUGAUCAGCAGCAUGAAAAAGAAAGCAGAUAAAGAUGAACCUCUAGAGCUGAAAGAGUUUUUCGGACCCUACAGUAUGGAUGUGGUAACCAGCACCGCCUUCAGUGUGGACAUCGACUCUCUCAACAACCCCUCAGAUCCUUUUGUCACGAACAUCAAAAAGAUGCUGAAAUUUGACUUUUUCAACCCCAUCUUCCUCACUGUUGCCUUCUUUCCUUUCAUGGUUCCCAUAUUGGAAAAAUUGGAGUUUUCCUUUUUCCCUGCAUCUGUCACAGACUUCUUUUACGCUGCACUACAGAAGAUCAAGAUUGAUCGUGAGGGCAGCAAGCAAAAGACUCGAGUGGACUUCCUCCAGCUAAUGAUCGACUCUCAGCAAAAUAAUAAUUCCAAACAGGAUAAAGGUCUGACAGAUCAUGAGAUCCUUUCCCAAGCAAUGAUUUUCCUCUUUGCUGGCUAUGAAACGACCAGCAGCUCUCUCACUUUCUUGUCUUACAAUUUGGCAACAAACCCUCAGGUGAUGAAAAAGCUGCAGGAGGAGGUGGAUGCAACCUUCCCUAACAAGGCUCCCAUCCAGUACCAGGAACUAAUGCAGAUGGAGUAUCUCGACUGUGUCAUCAAUGAGUCUCUCCGAUUGUUCCCCAUUGCUUCACGUUUGGAGCGUGUGGCCAAGGCCAGUGUGGAGAUAAAUGGCUUUGUGAUUCCAAAAGGUAUGGUUGUCGUGGUCCCCACCUGGCCGAUGCACCGGGACCCCGAGAUUUGGCCUGAACCAGAGAAAUUCAAACCUGAGAGGUUCAGCAAGGAAAACAAGGAGACAAUUGAUCCGUACAGCUACAUGCCUUUUGGAGCAGGCCCGAGGAACUGCAUUGGGAUGCGAUUUGCUCUGGUUGUGAUGAAACUUGCAAUAGUGGAGAUCCUCCAGAGGUACAGCUUCUCUGUGUGUAAGGAGACCGAGAUCCCCUUUGAGUUGGACAUCCAGGGUCUGCUACAACCAAAACGACCAAUCAAACUGAAGCUGGUGCCACGUUCUUAA